UGCUCUAGUGGCCAAGUGGUAAGUGCCACCGUUCGUCCGCGCCAGACACCAGUGCGGCAGUGCUUAAACAGCAGUCAAACCGUCUGGAGCGCGUGUGCGUGUGCAUCCAAUAAUAAUAAUAUAUUAAAUUUACGUAAACAUCGAUCAAUUGUUGCGAUCUGUCAAACAAAACACAAAACAUUUUACAACUUUUUCGUACACACUUAAUUGUUUAUAGUAAAUUAUUUAUAAAUAUAUACAUAUGUAUGUGUACCUAUAGUGUAUAUGUAAAUUUACGCGAAUGUGAAAACCCUUGACAAAAUGACCGAAUGGCCGUGGCUGAUGAUUAUACUGGCUCUCAUUAGCACGAUUCAAUGGCCCAAUUCAACAGCACAACACACUUAUGACUAUAAUUCAUACUGGGAAGGAUAUUUAUGGUCUCCUACAAGGAAUAGGCCGAAAAGAACAAGUUUGUUUGAUCGAGAUACUACAACCACAACAUCAAGUUAUCAGGAGGUCAAAAGUAAAAAUGAACCUGUUACUAAUAUUAAAAAUAUCAAUUUAAGAGAUAUACCAACAAUUAACUUGACAAAGUCAUUAUUUAAAAAUGAAAAUACAACUAAUAAUACUAAUAAACAACCCAACAUUGGUUUAAAAUUACCACAAACCAAAUCUUCGCCAAUUGUUUUUCCAAAUUCAAUUAGUGAAAAAAUUCAAUCAUUACCAAUCAACAAAUUUAUACCAGAACCACAUGUAAUCGAAAAAUGUGCAAUGAACGAAAGCUUUUGCAUCAAAGUUGAUAAUUAUCCAAGACAAGAUUUAUUCAAUCUAUUUAGAACCAGCAAAUAUAUGUCAACUUCAUAUUUUGGAACUGAUACUGUUAAUGAAAUAGAUGAUUUGCAAACAAGAUUAUCUAAUAGUAAUCUUCAACAAUUCUGUGAAUCAAAAGAAGAUGUUAUAUUUCCAGAAGCAGGUAUUACAAAAAACAAUGAAUGGCGUUAUAUUAUACAAGAUUCAAGUAAUGACAAUACUAGUUUUAAACAAGGGAUUCGAGUGGAGAAAUGUAUAAACGCUGGAACCACAUGCAAAUUUAAUGAUCUUUUACCUAAUGGGUACACAACAACUUGUGUACAAAAAUAUAUCUACAAAAAAUUGGUUGCCAUCAAAGAUGCUAAAGAAAUAUAUUAUGAAAGUUUUAAACUACCAUCCUGUUGUGAGUGCAUGUAUAGUGUAAAUCCAGAUCUAUUAACAAGAAAAGGUGGACUUGGUGAAGAGUUAGAAGGCCGAAGGUUUUACCACAAUGAAUCAGAAACUUCCAAAAAAAACAAAGAAGUGUUCAACAAGAGAAAUUAAUAAAGUUUAAGAAAUAUACGCAUAUAAUAAAGUAUAUAUCAAUCUGUAUAAUGCAAUUUGAUAACAAUAUGUAAAUAUUUGAUUGAUAUAACUAACAUGUACAAUAUUUAGAGUUAAGAUUUUAAGAGUAUGAUCUAAAAUAAAGUUUAGGUAACAAUGUUCAAUGUCUUACAAAUUAAAA